AGAGAUCAAUUAAAAAAAAAAAAAUCUCAUUUUUAAUAAAAAAAAAUCCAAAAUGGAUCAAUUGCACCUCUAAAAAUUUUUUUCUUUUUCACUGGAGUUCCUACUCUUCCUCUUGCUAGAAAAAUCUCCUCCUCAACCGGCUGCCUUUAAUUCUAGUACUGGAUAAAUAUUUACUGGAAACCUAAUUGUAAUAGAAGUGGAACCAUGUCUAAGCAAGAACGACAGUGUUAAUGUGCUGGAAAUCGCCCAAGCUGAGGGAAAUCUGAUUAGACGGCAGGUGUAUUUGCUUCUUCAUCUAGAUGUUAUGGAUGUGCAAUCCCUUCUAGCAACCUAGGGAUACUGUUCUUAUUUUUAUUAUGGUUUCAGGGCAUCACCUAUGGCUUCUAUCACCAUGCGGAAUCUUAUACUUUACACCACUAAUGAAAAUUGGCAGGUUGUAAACCUUAAGGAGGCAAGGGAUUUCUCUUCUGACAAGGAGUUCAUAUAUGUUUUCAAGUUACUGUCUAAUGAUGCUAAAUUCUUCUAUUGCCGGAAACUUGAAUGGGAAUCUUUAUCUGUUGAUCUCCUGCCUCAUCCAGAUAUGUUUGCUGAUGUGCAAGGGGGAGCAAAUCACAGAGAUGAUGAUGGUGCAAAGCGAGUUUUCUUUGGUUGAGAACGCUUCUUAGAAGGAAUAU